AUUUUUUUUUUUUCCUUUUCCGACAAGCAAGAGGAAUACAUAUCAAUUACGUAGGUCGUUUCUCUGGAUUUUAUAUAUUCUUCUUCUUCUCUGUGAGUCUUAGCGUCUAGCUAAGUUUCCAUAGUCAGGGUUGUCACUUUUAAAACUUUGGAGCCUUGCCUUAUCCAAUUUACUUCAGGAAGUUUUUCACCUUCUGGCAGGAAGAAUGAAAAGACAUACAAAGUUAAUCCAACAUAUCAGAGAAGUCUCCAAAAGCUUUUAGUACAAGGUGGAACUUUGCCAAGGGAAUCAAUGCCUUCCAAUAUUACUGUGAGGCUUCCAACCUUAGAAAAUCUCGAGGCUUAUGCUCUAGAGCAAUGGGAGUGUUUCUUAUUGCAACUUAUAAGCCCAAGUCAGGUUGAUAAGCCUUCAAAUAUUAGCUCUUCUUUGAUGAAAGUUUUCCAGCGACGUCUCCUUAGUCACAGAGACAAAGAAGCUCCAAAACUAACUGAAAGUGGUUUCCAGUUUUUGCUGAUGGAUACAAAUGCACAGCUUUGGUAUAUUAUCAGAGAAUAUAUCUCUAAUUCUGAGGAGAGAGGUGUUGAGGCAGCUGAGUUGAUCUCAUUCAUGCUGGAACUUAGUUUUCAUGUCAUCGGGGAGGCUAUAUAGUAUAAACACAUUGACUGAUUUUCAGAGGAGCAUAAUUAAUGACCUGGCAGACCUUGGACUGGUCAAACUUCAGCAGGUUAUAAUAUUUCUGUGCACAUUUUUAGAGCUGA